GUGUGUGUCCAUGUGGAGCUUGUGCAGCACUUCCGGUUUAGACAUGGCGGCCUCCAUGGCAGGACAAGUGCUGAGGACUAUCACAGCCAAGAGCUCUCUGCUGGGCAGACAGAAGGGUGCCCAGGUGACUUCAAGAAGAUGGCUUAAUCUGCAGGAAUAUCAGAGCAAAAAACUGAUGGCUGAUAAUGGCGUCACCGUCCAGAGAUUCUUUGUUGCCGAUAAUGCCACCGAAGCCCUAGAAGCUGCCAAAAGACUAAAGGCUCGGGAAAUUGUUCUGAAAGCACAAAUCUUGGCUGGAGGAAGAGGUAAAGGAGUCUUCGACAGUGGCCUUAAAGGUGGAGUCCAUUUAACAAAAGAUCCCGAGAAGGUGGGAACUCUCACAAAACAGAUGAUUGGCUUCAAUCUUACAACAAAACAAACUGCAGAUGGCGGUGUCAAAGUUCACAAGGUUAUGGUAGCGGAAGCGCUAGACAUAUCCAGAGAAACCUAUUUUGCAAUAUUGAUGGACCGGGCGUGCAAUGGACCUGUGCUGGUUGGCAGUCCUCAGGGAGGAGUGGACAUAGAAGAGGUGGCUGAGAAAACCCCAGAACUUAUUUUUAAGGAGGAAAUAGACAUAUUUGAAGGAAUAAAAGACAGCCAGGCAUUGAAGAUGGCAGACAAUUUGGGAUUCAAAGGACCUCUUCAGCAACAGGCCGCCGAUCAGAUUAAGAAGCUGUAUGAGCUCUUUCUGAAAGUUGAUGCCACUCAGGUUGAAGUGAACCCCUUCGGUGAGACUCCGGAAGGACAAGUUGUGUGCUUUGAUGCAAAAAUUAACUUUGACGACAAUGCGGAAUUCAGACAAAAGGAGAUUUUUGCAAUGGAUGACACGUCGGAAACAGAUCCCAUUGAGAGUGAGGCGGCGAGGUACGACUUGAAGUACAUCGGAAUGGAAGGGAACAUUGCUUGCUUCGUUAAUGGGGCAGGUCUUGCCAUGGCCACCUGUGACAUCAUUGACCUUUAUGGAGGAAAGCCAGCAAAUUUCCUGGACCUUGGAGGUGGAGUGAAGGAGUCUCAGGUGUACCAAGCCUUCAAGCUGCUCACUGCUGACCCCAGGGUUGAAGCCAUUCUCAUUAACAUUUUUGGAGGAAUAGUAAACUGCGCCAUCAUUGCCAACGGGAUAACAAAGGCUUGCCGCGAGCUUGAACUUAAGGUGCCGCUCAUUGUCAGACUUGAAGGAACAAACGUCCACGAGGCCAAGCGAAUUCUGGACGAGAGCGGCUUGCCAAUCACCUCUGCCGAAAACCUGGACGAUGCCGCCAAGAAGGCCGUUGCAAGCAUAAGCAAAAAGUAAAAAUGUCAUCAAAGAAGAAACACAAAAUGGACACACGGAAGCCUCUAACACAGAAUGUAUCAUUUUCACAGAGCAAAAUAGGGGACUGUUCAGUGGAGGUGCCAGGGAACCUAUGACAUGAUGUUAUUUGGGGAAAUGGGAGAUCGUGAUCAUUUUCUAAGAGCUGCUCAAAUCAUAAUCCGUCACUGAUUUUUUUAUAUCAUCAGAUUUUUCCAAUUUAUAGUGUUUUACUGUGAAAUGUCAGAUCAGUGUUUGCAUACAAACUAUUUUAUAUACCUCAAAGAAAAGAUGAGUCUCAUCCUGAGCCUGUAGGCCUCAUUUCUAAAGCUGUGUGUCCCCCGUGGACAAUUUUGUUGAGUGUCCCCCUCUGACCUGCACUGGAUCAUGUUAUCCAUGAAUCAGUUUGAUUGAAGUUAUAAACGGUUUAAACAAACUUUUGCCAAAACUGCUCAUUUCGGAGCUUCCUCUUUUCACUGAGUUGAUUUUUUGCUCUUGUGUAGCCCCGUCCAGUUUUCUAAAUCAUCCUUUCUUCUCGCCACCUUCCUCCUUAUCAAAAGCACAGACCUUACAGGGAAAAUCUGCAUUUGUUGGGGGAAAGAAAAUCCAACUCCAGCUCAUUUUUUUAAAUACAUUUUGGAUGUGGCUGAGAAGGGUUAAAAAUCUUUUUGUCCCAUUUGAGGAGAUAUCCCCAUCUUCCCUAUAUUGCCAUUUGGUUACUUUUAGAGCACAGACAUUUUCUUUCAGGUCCUCUCUUUAUAUGAGGCCCGUAUUCUUUUCACCAUUGGGACUCGGGCACAUGGGCUUUUGUUUGCUUCUUAACUUGAUAUGCUAAAACAAUUUGGAGCAGUUCAAUGCGGCUGAAAUGCCAAACCAAGCAACUCCAACCGAAGUCAAAGCAACUUCUGACUUUUGACUCAAUUCUGAGUGUAAUGCCCAUCUAUCUAUACAAGCCUCAGUGUGUAUCAUCUGCCUGUCUGUGGUGCUGCCGUCCAUACCGUGUGCCGAUAUCAUUGAGAAUGUGUCCCAUCUGUGUACUUAAAUCUUCAGCCCUUUGGCCAUUUUGUUUUGCUGGUGACAUAAUGUGGAAGCAAAAGGCGAUAUUGCCUCAGUUUGUAAUACUGAACUAACUAGCUGUGUUUUGAAUACUUGCCUACUUUGGCUAUAUCAUGUAGGCUUACAAAUUUUUAUUUUGUAUCUGUCCUGCCUUUCCAAUUGUUAACAAGAUAAUUGUGAAAAAAUGUAAUUGUCCAAUAUGUGCCCUAUAUGACAUAACUGAUUGAGGGAGUUUUGUGGGUUUUGUAUAAACAAUGGAUUGUCCUUUCCUGACUGUCUCUAUUUUUUGCCAAUUUAACAAAUACUUGAAAUAAUAAAUGAUUUGAUUCUGUUA